AUGAUGAAUACGGGUAUAUUUAACGACCAAGUCCAAGUCCCAUUUUUUUUAUGAUAUGAUUCGUAUUAGCGGGGUCCUGCGAGAGUAUAUAAGGCCAAGCGGCUACCAAACGGUACCAGUCAACGAUGGUGUCGGCGGUUCUCUUCAGUGCGUUGGUGGCGGUGGCUGCGGCCUUCCCCCAAGCCCACCCAGGUCCCGCCCACCCUGGUCCCGCCCAUCCCGGUCCCGCCCACCCCGGUCCAGCCCAUGUUAGUCCCAGCCACCCCAAUUUGGCCGCCCACGUGAGCCCCCUCGCCCCAAACCAGGGCGCCCACGCUUUCCCCGCCCACGUGAGCCCUAACCACCCAACUCUGGCCGCCCACGUCAGCCCCCUCGCCCCUAACCAAGGCGCCCACGCUUUCCCCGCCCACGUGAGCCCCAACCACCCAACUCUGGCCGCCCACGUCAGCCCCCUCGCCCCUAACCAGGGAGCCCACGCCUUCGCCGCCCACGUCAGCCCACUAGCUCCGAAUCAGGCUGCCCACCCACUCCCCCCAGGCGUGGAUCCCGCUUGCGCUGGAAAAUACCCAUUCUGUGAUAACUGAUUUUUUUUAUAUCUCUUAAUAUGAAAGACAAAAAGCAUGCAUGAGGAGCGAAUUAUUCUUGUAUUCUGCUCAACAAGAGGAAAAUGCAAUUGAAAGGUUGGAUACGUUUUUUUUUUAUUAAUUGUCUGUCUCAGGAGAAGACUUUCCUGCCUUUCGUUCGGUGAUGAAAUAAACUUGGAAAUGUCAAAAAAAA